AUGCAGCACCAUGGCGGCCACACUGCCACCCAGUCCAAGUUGCUGUUGUUCCAACAGCUGAAAGCUUCCGGGAAAUCGCAGAAACUGCAGGUGGUGGAGCGACUGAGGCAGAACGGUUUUCUAACUGAUGCCAAGGAGUACACAGUUGCCAUCAAUGCAGUCGGGCGAGCCGAUGCAUGGCCUCAGGCGCUUAGCCUCCUUGGCGCAUUGCUUCAGGAAGGUCUCCAGGCUAACGAGAUUAGCUUCGGGACAGCGAUCAACUCCGUGAAAUCAUGGAUCACUGGUUUAUCGCUGCUAGAUGAGCUUGUCCAGCGAGGUCUGCCUUUGUCAGCAGCUCACGUGACUGUGCGGGACCUUAUUUGCAAAGACGUUCGCACAGCUGCUCUACCUGUUCGCAUGCGGCUCAGAGGCACUGAUUCGGGUUUGCACUGGGUCCCUACAAUGGACAAGGACAAGACUGCCCAGUGCUCACCGGGACCCAAGCUGACCCAAGUUUUCCGCAGGAGUUUGCACCUCUACCAGGCAGCUCUGAUGCCGCAACUGUGCCAGUUUACAGUUUGA